CGGAGCAGCGCUGCUAGGUAUUCCCGAGUGUUUCAGUACCACAAGCGGUAACCCCGAGCUACACUCGGGAAUACCAUGCGGCGCUGUUCCGGGAUCCCUUGAUCACUUACCUUGUCCUGCACUCCCGUGAUGUCCCUCCUGCAGUGUCCCCGGCAAUGUCCUCUGCCGGAUGCCGGCAUCUGUCAUCUGGGAUUCGUCCCCUGCGAGUGUCAGGACGUACGGGGAACGAAACAGGCGGGAAAUUUGAAAAAGUCAAAAAGUGACAUUCACUAAAUACACUAAAAUCGCAUAGUAAAACAUUACUGUAUCAAACCAUUUCACAUACAU